GGGUUGGGGACAGAGGGGGGGACAGAGCGGGCGGGGUGGGGCAGAGCGGGGCAGGGACCCGGGGGUGACGCAGUGACAUUAGCUGGGGGCGGGGCGGACGGGUGACGUCACGGGCAGCGGGGCGGCGGCUGGUGUGACACCGGUGGUGACGUCACCAGCGGGUGUGACGCCAGCAGCGACAUCACCGUCGCUGCGUGACGUCACCGGCGCUGUGCGACACAACGGUGACGUCACCGCCUGUCCCCCACAGGUGACGCCGGUGACAUCUCGGUGACCCCGCGGUGACAUCGCGGUGACAUCUCGGUGACAUCUCGGUGACACCGCGGUGACAUCGCGGUGACAUCUCGGUGACAUUGCGGUGACAUUGCGGUGACAUUGCGGUGACAUCGCGGUGACAUUGCGGUGACAUCUCGGUGACAUCGCGGUGACACCGCGGUGACAUCGCGGUGACAUUGCGGUGACAUCUCGGUGACAUCUCGGUGGCACCGCGGUGACCCCGCGGCCAUGCUGCGCCGUGCCCGGGCGCUGGCUCGGGCCCUGUCCCCCGUCCCCUGCCCGCGGCGCCGCUGCCACCGGCCGUGUCCCCCGCGGGACCUGGCUGUCCCCAACGCGGGCUGGAGCGAGCGCAUGCGGCGCCACUACGGCCACCAGCGGGACCGGGCCCGCGCCCAGGGCUGGACACGGCUGCCGUCCUUCCGCCAGUACCGCCCGCAGGUGCUGGGGCUGGCCGGCGACACAGGCGACACAGGUGACACGGGGGACAGGGACACGCGGCUGUUCCCGAGGGCCAUCGAGGGCGACGGCGACGGCUUCGAGUUCGCCAUGUUCCUGAGCGUGCCCGGGGGCCGCCUGCGCUGCCUGUGCCAGCUGGGGCCCUUCCUGGAGGGACACCCGGGGCUGGCCCACGGCGGUGCCAUCGCCACCCUCAUCGACACCUCGCUGGGGACGCUGGCGCUGGCGGUGGCCGGGCGGGUGGUGACAGCCAACCUCAACAUCGACUACGUGGCGCCUGUCCUCGUGGGGACCUCGCUCCUGCUGGGGGUGACAGAGGUGACACAGGAGACUGUGACAGUGACGGGGUGACACAGGGGGGCUGUG